AUGGCGAAAUCACUCAGAAGCCGAUGGAAGCGAAAAUGCAGGGCGAUAAAACGCGAACGUUAUGCUGUGAAAGAAUUGGCGAGACUCAAGAAAAUGUUGGGUAUCAAGAACGAAGAGUCAGGUGAAAAGUCCACGACAGAAGAGGUUAUGGAUUCCGAUCAAGUAAUAUUUUUAGACGCUGGUGAAAUUAAGAAACAAAAAGAGGCAAAGAAAACAGUUGUAGAGGAAGAAGACGUUGAAAUGAGUUCUGAUGAUGAGAAAGUUACUGUAGACACCGACGAUGGCAAAAAGCGCGUUUAUUCAACAAAAACAUUGAAAGAUCAAAACGGCCAGUAUCCCGUAUGGUUGCACAAGAGAAAAAUCGCAAAAAUGACUACAACUGUUGUUUUAUCAACUGUUGUUUCAAUAAGUUUGGAGACUAGACAAGAAAAGUCCAGGAAUUCAUUUGUACCCAGCCAACAGAUUUCAAUCUAUAAAUAUCCUUACCUCAAGUCCGAAGAUGAACACCUCUCAGAGACUCUACCAAAAAAUGGAACCUCGUCUCUCAAAGAUGAUCUUAAAUAUGGUACCAGAAAUCAGUCUAAUAAAGAAGACUCUUCAAAGAGGUACCCAAUACAAAGACAUACACUGCAACCACAUAUGUUACAAUCGAAUAAUCAAUUUUUAAGUGAAAAGGAAGAUGUAUUAGAAAGAGAUAACAAAAUUGUUACGAAAAAAAGGGCCACAAGGAUUAUGCAAAGAAAGCCCAGAGGGUAUAAAUCUACAAGAUUGAUUAAUGAAAAGAGAACUAAGUAUAAAAAGGGCAAAGACAUGGAGAAUAUAGACAAGGAUAGAGUUAAUCAUAAACAAAAAAAUAUAAUACGCCAAUCGAAAACCCAAACUAAAAAUAAAAAUUACGAAAUAGGAGCUAUUGGACUGUAUAUUAAUACUUCCCAUCAAGUUCUUUAUAAUGACACACAUUAUUCACCUUAUUUCGAUCAACUUCUUGGAAAUUACGAUAUUAAUUCUCUGUGGUCGAAUCAGAAAAUUGCAAAAAAGUUUGAUGAAAGUUUUAAAUUGCCGCCAUCAUCGUUGAACAGGCAAAUAUUGAAACCAUUGUCACGAAACGGAAAUAAGAAUAUGCUUCAUACAAAAGUCAACCAGGCUCCGUUGGCAUUGGCUUUCCAUGGCUUCACAACGCAAACGGAUUUAUUCUUCAAGGAUACAAAGAAAAAAAAAGGUGAAAAACUCAAUCAAUUUGUUCAUUUGAAUAAAACGCCACGCCAAAACAAUGUUUUACCAAAAUUAGGUUAUGAAUUAGAUUCUAAUCUGCGACUAGUAAUAUCCAAUAUAAUGUCAUAUAUGGGUUAUAGAAAUGCCGAAGAAGAAACUUAUAGUAAAAAUAAAGAAUUUGGCAGACACUCCUAUUUACCACAUGGUUUAAUGGAUUGGAUGGGAGAGUUAAGAAAUAAAUCCAAGACCAAAAUAAAAACUAUAAUUGAAGAGGACGUUGUAAACAAUAUUAAGAAAAUAUUUAGCGUUAAGCAACAAAUAGAUCGAUUUGUAAAUAAAACAAAAGAAAAAGUUAACCAGGAAAUCAAAGAAAUUUUAGAACAAGAACAACCUGUUAUUGUUGCGAAUGUGUCACAAAGUAAUACAUCUAAAAAUGCGAGCGUUAGAAAUAAAGACUUUGAUCUAUGGCAUCCGUGGAUCCAUAGAGUAGAAGACGAUGUCAAAGUUAAUUCUUUUAUCAAAGAGAUUUCUAACCGCAAUCUGAGAUUAUUCAUGUCAGUUGGAAGGAAAACAAAAAACAAGAGAUGGAAAAAGAAACUCGAAGAUCUAGCAGAGAUGUAUAAAGAUAAAUUUAAUGAUUUCAUUAUUGAGACAAGUCAACAUAAUAUUAAAAGUAGAAGGGGAACUGAAAGAGUAAUUCUUAAUUCCGUUGAUGUGUCGAACUCUAUCGUAAAAAGAUUAGUCAAUUUUGUUACUGAUGAGGUAGAUAAAAAAGGUUCAUUAAGUAAUAAUAGUGAGGUACUUAGGCUCAUUGACAAAGAAUUGAAAAAAGAAACAAAAACAGAACUGAAGCGGGCUUGUUCAAAAUUAAAUAUUUGCAGAAGUUCGAAUGGAAUGUCUACUUUUUUAGCCGACAUGACAACAAAAAUAGUUGGUCUUGAGAAAGCUAAAUUCAAUGAAUCUUUCAAUAACUUAGUUCAGGCUAUUAAAAAAGAAAAUUAUGAUGAAAUUUUAGAUGUACAUACAGAUAAAGGCAUACAAGAAACUAUGCGGCAUUAUGAGCGCUUGCCGCUAUUAUUUCAAAUGGCAGCAAUGUCCGCCAUUAAAAAUAUGUUAACAAGUGUUAAUAAACCAUUUGUUAUGUACGAUGACAUAAUUGUUUAUCAAUUAGAUAAAACUAUGGCGUUUUUUGAAAUCGUUAAAAUUUUAGACGAAAAGGUACCGAAUAGUGUGGAUAAUAUCAACACGUGGAAUAAUAUUACAAGUCAAGAUAUCACCAAUCCUGAUACUAUGACAGAAUUUGUAUCUCACAUGAAAAAAGUGAUCACAGAAUUAGAUGACAAUACACGUAAUGACAUUUUAAAGCAAUGUAAAAUAAUUUAUCCGUGA